UGCUGCACGAAGAUGGCGGCCGAACUGGUGGAAGCGAUGAACAUGGUCAAAAGUUUCCGGGUCUCAGACCUGCAGACGCUGCUGGCCUCAAUGGGCCGCAGCAAAAGUGGGCUGAAACAGGACCUGGUGGGUCGUGCGCUGAGGCUAGUGCAGACCGAAUACAGCCCAGAGCUUCUGAAGAACGUCAGGCAGCUCUACGAGUCGCGCUUCCCCAAAACAUCUGGCUGGCUUGCGGCGCGGCGUCCGGAGGGCGUCCCGGUUGCCUACUCAUCCCUCAGCUCCUCCCCCAACGCCACCUCUCAGGGCGCAGACUACCUCAACGGCAUUUCCAAACCGAUCCCCACAGAGGUCAAGCUGGUGCCACUGCCCUUCUACCAAACUUUGGAGACACUGUUGCCACCAACAGAGCUAAUUGCCCAGAACAAUGAGAAACUGCAGGACAGUCAAUGCAUAUUUGAAUUAACACCAAACCAAGCAGACCAGAUCAGAAAUGCAAGUGAGCUUCGUCCAGGAAUCAGAUCAAUCCAAGUGGUUCUUAGAAUCUGUUACACAGACUCCAUCGGUGUCCAGGAGGACCAGUAUCCUCCCAACAUUGCUGUCAAAGUCAACCAGUCCUACUGUCACGUGCCGGGCUAUUACCCCUCUAAUAAGCCCGGUGUGGAGCCCCGUCGUCCUUGUCGUCCUGUAAACAUUACUCCCUGGUUGCAUCUCUCCAAUGUCACCAACAGAGUCACCGUCACCUGGGGAAACUUUGGCAAGCGGUACUCUGUGGCGGUGUAUUUAGUGAGGGUUUUCACUGCAGCAGACCUCUUCAGCCAACUCAAACUGUGCUCUGUUGAGAGUGCAGAACGCUGUCGUGAACGCAUCCAAGACAAACUACGUUUUGAUCCCGAGAGCGAAAUUGCGACAACAGGCCUCCGGGUGUCUCUCAUCUGUCCAUUGGUGAAGAUGCGGCUCGGCGUGCCAUGUCGAGUUUUAACUUGCGCCCAUCUCCAGUGUUUCGACGCAGUCUUCUUCCUGCAGAUGAAUGAGAAGAAGCCCACAUGGACUUGCCCCGUCUGUGACAAACCUGCUCCCUUUGAGCUGCUCACUAUCGAUGGGCUGCUAUCUGAGAUUCUGAAGGAGACAAGUGAGGAUAUUGAGGAGAUUGAGUACUUAACCGACGGCUCCUGGCGACCCAUCAGAGAUGACAAGGAGAGGGACAGGGAAAGAGAGCGCAGCAACACGCCAGAGUAUCCUGUUGUUGAUAUAUGCAUUCCUGAGGCAAACGGUCAUUCACCGGCCAUCCAUUCUGGAAGCAGUUCUGUGGGGAUGGCAGGAGUCACAGCAGGAGGUUCUGCUGUGGCGCCGGGAGGAGGUGCGGUGGUAGAUCUGACUCUUGACUCCUCCUCUGAGGAGGAAGGGGGCGGGGCAGGGGGAGACAGUGAGGACACUGAGGACAGCGCCGACAGUCCCGCCCCGAAGAGGGGCCGAUACAACUACGACAAGGACCUGGUCACUGCCUACUGACCCCGCAGCUCUGUCCCCUCAUAGACUGACACACACACAGAGACAGAGAGGCAGGGGGCUAAAAACUUGAGGACAGGAACACAGUAAUCCACUAGAUGCAACAAACCCCCCCUUUAUGCCCAAACGUCAAAGCCUUUUAGCAGCUCUGGUUUAUUUCCAGUCAAAACAAACACACUCAAACAUGCACUGUUAAUGAAUCUUCAAUCUAGAGUGAUUAGGAUUCCUCUUUGUACUGUACACCACUGGAAGCAACUCUUUCUGGCCAACCGUCACCUUGCAGUGAAUAUCUGUACCGUCCUGCCUCUACUUUCGAGACUGAAUGGAUCGUGCACCCCACCACCACCACCACGACCCCCCCCUACUCCUCUCUCUCCAGACUAUUCCCUCUCUACCACCUCAUCUCUCUUUGUAUUUGACUUGGAACUACAGGCUCUUUUAGCCGUGGGCGUUCGAUGUGUGCGUCUCUGAUUUUUGUCACCUUUGUGAUGAACAGGCAAGUUGGGGAAAAAAAAUGGAGGCUCCUCAGAAGUUUUUGGUAAGAGGUCAAAAACCACGAAUGGAAAAGAAGAGCAUGAAAACUUUGCGGGAGGACGAGGCAGAGAUAUCUUGAGUGUGAUGCAAAUUUGAAACCUCCCAUUGUGUUGAUUUCUUUUGUUAAGAGAAUGAAUUCAAAGCUUGAAAGGGUUUUUUUUCAGGAAUUUAUCCUUUUUAAUUAUGAAAGGGCAGAACACAAUACUGGCCUCAAUGUGUGAUGCUUUCCAUUUUUAUUUUGUCCUUAGCUAAAGAGAACCUACCUCAGUCAUAAAAAAAAAACUUAGCAGACUGACCAGAGAGUAACUUAGAAAGGAGCGGAGGACAGAAGAAUUGACGAGUCUUUCUGAAGCCAAUUUAACACUGGAGAUUUUGUUGUCCUACUUUUUUCUUUGCUUUAUUUUUUGUUUUAAUUCCAUCAUACCAUGCAGCUCUUUUCCCUCUGCAGCAACAAAAUCUUUGUUAAAGGGAGAGAUAGUUUGUGGAUAACUGUAGGUGUCUGAUUCAAAAGCUUUGGGUGGAGCUGUACCACUCUUAAAACAGAUACUGUGCUGUAACAGGAUUUAUUGGAAGCGAUCGGCGUUGCAUAUUGACAUCAAAAUUACUGUGUGGCAACCGUGCCAAAGCAGAUCUUAAAUAUUUACUGACAGGAAACGGUUGUGAGAUUUGGUGCCUUUUUUGUUGCGUGUUGAAGAUUGGAGCCCAUCGUUUUAAGGCUAGCUGAGCUGGCCAGCAGGUGAAACCCCAGUCUGACAGAAGGUGUUUUAUUUCAUUGAGGAUUUUCUUGGACGGAGAAGCAAAUCUGUGGUAAAGGACAGUGAUGGGAAAGGAAUGAGAAGUGCUGUUUUUCCAACAUUUUUAUGUCCUCGGAGGGUAUUUAUUUAAUUGCUUCAUAUUUUCUUAGCAGUUUGUAAUAAAUCUACAUAAUAUUUGGCUUGAGUUAGAAGCUAUUGGUUGCAGAAAGCAGGACACGUCUUCUGCUGCAGUGUGCGUUAUAAUUGGUCCGGGCUCACGGCUGUGCUGUUGAUGAACGCUCCUUUUCUUUUCCACUGAAUGAAUCCGACCUGGGUCAAAGCACCAUUCAGAGUACUUUGCCAUGGUGGGUUCAACAUGUCUGACACAACGAAACUUAAUGAAGUGUCAAUAAGUGCAACCCCACCACGCUUAAAGUCAUUGAUUGGAUUACAAACGUUCUUGUCUGGAAUGAGUGGAGCUGCUUCAACCAACAAUCCCCUUGGCCUCCUUUCAAUGCAGAUAAGGUCACGUCUAUUUGCUGGAGUAGAAUUGGACUUUUAAUUGCUACAUGCUGUAGGCUUACAACUAAUAUUCCUCUGCAGCUGCACUAGUGUUGUCAGUAUGUGUUGUCAGUAUGUGUUGGCUACUCCUCAGAGAAGGAUACUCGGGCUGCAUGCGCAGGCUUUGUCUGCAGGAAGGUCGUCAGUGUUUGCUUGAAGAUGAGAAAAGAUGUUGCUGUGUUGCUAGAGCUGUUUGCACUUUCAUCCCAGUACUUCAUCCCAAGUUGAAGGCUUAUGUAUUCUAAGCCAUCAUGUAGUGAGUAUUAAUCAAGGAUCCCUGACCAUUUCUCCUUGACCAUCUCAUGCGUGGGAAUUAGAAAAUGUGAAGCUAGAAAAGGUCUGCUCCACUGUGAGACGACUAAGAGAGAGGGAGCAUGACUCAGAUGAGCUCUGCAUUAUGUUUGUCUCUCGCAUCAUCCCUGUGUUCACAGUUUGAUCAUCACAGUCUCUUGUUUUCUUUUGCCUUGCUCAUAAGCACAGAGAAAUGACAUUUACACAUCGAUCCGGGGCCUCGCAGUUGCAAGAGCAUCCUCCGAUGAGGUUGAUGAUUGGAAAAAUAGGUCGAGUCAAAUCUGGUCUUCCAUUUUCCUCCUUCUUUUGACACUUUGACAUAGUUUACAGAAUCGAUAUACUGUUGAAAAAAAUGUUUGAUAAUCCACACAAAAUUGAUUGAUGGCACUUUGCCUGUAAUAAAUCAGAGUCUGUCCCUGAAAAGGAUAUUCUGUAUAAGUCGCUUUGAAGCAAAAUUAUGUAAAGAACUCUAAUACCCGUCUUUAACUAGGCAAUUUGUAUUUGUAAGUAACUGCUAUACAUAUAAAAAAAUGACAUUGUUCAUUUGUUGAUAGGUAUAGACGGUCAUUAUUUGAACAGAUCUCCUGAACUUUUCUUUGCCUUAUGGUUAAAGAUGAGAGGUAGUGCGGGUUGCGUCUGUGGAACUGAGCCAGAAACAGGUUGUUUGGGAGCUGGAGAGAGCUGAAGGUCUGGUCUUUUUGUAGUGGCAUCUCUUCUUCUUAUAAUAAUGCAUAAGGUAGCAUGGGCAGAGGCUUACAAUCCAUGAUGUAAAUGUUUUGUUUGUUGUGUUUUUUUAUAUGUUCAUAUUAAAAGACAAUAAAAUUUAAAUAAUAUUUUAUUAAGCCGUGAAUCGCCUCCAGUUGUUCCUAUAGGCAAACAGACAAUAAAAAGCUGUUGAGGGCAGCAGCAGCAGCACCUGAAGCUGAUGCCACAGAGGACUGGGAGGACUGGUUAAGGUGGAGGUUGAUAUGUCCUGUACCAAAUGCUCAGAUCUGGGGACACAUUUGAUGCCUGUUGAGGAUAAAACUGUAAAAUUUCAAAUGAUCGUAUUCUAACAGCUGUUAUUGACGUGUGGAAUUAAUUAAAAUCAGUUCUUAAAAACGUG